GCCCGCUCUCGGCCCCGCCCAAGCAGGAGGCGCCCCCUUGCGGCCCGGAGGAGCGCGGCGGCCUCAGGGCGCGCGGUGCCGGCGGCGGCGGCCAUGUCCUGCCGGGGCCUCGCUCAGGCCUCGACGUGGAGCACACGCACCCGCAGGGCCCGGGCGGCGCAGGCUGCGGGGCAGGGUGAGGCCCAGGCCCAGCAGCUGCAGGAGCUGUGGAGCCGGACCGAGAAGGCCGAGCGGCGUCUGCUGGCCUUCGAGAACCUGGUGGGAGAGCUGGGCAGCAACCUGGCCGCCCUGGGUAACCUGCUGCAGGGCUACGGGCACCUCCAGCAGCGCCUGGACAACAUGGAGAACCUGCUGAAGAACAGGAACUUCUGGAUCCUGCGCCUUCCCCCCGGCACCCGGGGCGAGGUGCCCAAGGUACCGAUCACAUUUGAUGACAUUGCCGUGUACUUCAAUGAGCAGGAGUGGGAGAGACUGGACAGCUGGCAGAAGGACCUGUACAAAGCUGUGAUGAGGGGUAACUACGAGACCCUGAUCUCCCUGGACUAUGCCGUGUCCAAACCUGACAUCCUGUCUCGAAUUGAGAGGGGUGAAGAGCUCUGUGUCAAAGACUGUUGGGAGCCCCCGCAGACGCUUGACCCAGAUGGCCCUGAACGCCCAGGGACCAUCCAGGAUGGGCAGGAGCUCACACAGACACACAACCCAGACAGUGAGGAACCUGUGCAGACGCUCAUCCAAGAGAGUGAGGAGCCCAUACAGGGAUGCAGCAAAGACAGUGAGGAGCUGCUGAAGACAUGCCUCAAAGACAGUCAGGAGCCCACGCAGACACCAGAAGAGAUGGAGCAGAUGGAGGAGGCUUUGGGAGAAGAUGUCCGCAUGGAAGCUGACAGGGAAUUUGCUGCAUCCAAUCCUGACAUCCUGUCCCAGACUGAGAAGAAUGAAGAGCUCUGUGUCCAAGACAGUCAGGAGCCCCCACAGCCGUGCAUCCAAGACAGUCAGGAGCCCCCACAAACACUGAAAAAGACAGAGCAGAAGGAAGAGGCUUUGGGAGGAGAUAAAGCCCCUGUGAAAGGUGGCACAAAAUCUCCCAAUGUGGCGCUGCGUGUUUUGUCCGCGAGUGCACAGACACAGGAGUCGAGCAGGGAAGAUCAUCCUGAGUCAGAGGUGGAAGAGGACCCAGCAGAGUUUGGCUCUGAGGAAGUCUUUCCACUGGAAAACGAAAAGGCCUCUGAAGCGGCUUCUCCCGAAAGCGUCAAGGUGAAAGAGGAAGAGCCCAUGGCAUCGCAAGAGGCAUCUGCGCCCUCUCCUGACCCAGAGGUCCAGAGGUGCUCUGAAGGAGAGCAAGCCAAGCCCAAGAGCAAGAAGAAGCCAAGUAGGUACGCGAGCAACAGCCUGCUGAUGGGCGACUGCCGGCGCGGCUACGUGCGCGAGUGGUCGCACCCCUGCACCGAGUGCGGAAAGCGCUUCCGUCUGAAAAUCAACCUCAUCAUCCACCAGCGGAGCCACGCCAAGGAGGGGCCUUACGAAUGCACGAUAUGUGAGAUCAGCUUCACUGACAAAAAACGCUUGGUCCUUCACCAGGGCAUCCACACGCAAGAGAGGGCCUUUGCAGCCAAGGUCUGGGGGAACACCCACCCAGAAUUGAGGAUGGGGCCGAGGAGGAAGCUCUACGGGUCUCUCUACGGCAGCGCCCAGAGCCUGGGUUACAGGACGCGUGCAGGGGGGCCCUGGCUGGGCCAGGCCAAGGAGGAGCUGUCCAGACCCUAUUUCUCCCAACAGCCGGUGCCUAGCACUCAUACGAGGAGUGUGGUUAAAUGCAAUUUUUGCAAUAAGAGUCUCUCGUGCCCCUCUUCCCUCCAGCGUCACCUGAAGACCCACGCCAGGGACCGACCUUAUUGCUGCUCCACCUGCAAGAAAUGCUUCACCCGCCGAACUCACCUCGUGCGCCACGAGCAAAUACACGAACGCCAGAAAGCUCUAGAAAGCCAACAGCCCAAAGCAGCACAGCCCGUGCCUGCCACAGCAGCACCCAGAUGGCCCCAGCCCUAAGGAGCCUCAGAGGUGCCCGGCCAGAGCAUUCCUCACCUGCUAAACCAGGCACUCGAGAAGCGUCAGCUCUGCGCCUGCUGCCGCGAAAGCUGUUGAGUGAAGCACUCGUGGUGGUCGCUGCAGAACACAUACUUGCAGAUCAUCCUAGACUUGUGAUAUCCCAAGUUGGAGGGCACCCUCAAGCAUCAUCGGUUCCCGUUCAAGAACUGUCACAUCCGCUGCUAUGGUGGGAGCGCGGCCCGGCCUGUUGUGAGACUAGGAAAGAGGGUGGCAGUUUGGGAGGCAAAUGACAAAUAUCAACUGGAAGGAUCCAAAUUGCUCGUGUCCCUAGGGAGAAACCAAGCAUCAAGACAGCUUUUGCACGCGGUCGGCCACCGGGGUUCUAAACCAUUUGUCAGAUGGACUUUCCUCAGUUGUAGGAUGAAUCAAAGCCUGGAUGCUAUUAUGCAGAGCAAAUUACAGAAGCCUCCAGUGAUACAAAAUUGGCCACCUCUCAGUUUUGUGUCUGCUGGCUGAUGCGUGAGAUUUGCCCAAACUGACCUCCCCAGAUGAGCAGGUAUGUCUCCUGCAGCCCAGCAAAAGAAGUUGUAAGCAGCUGUUGAGCUCAGCCCGUAUUUCAUGCUGGAGCUGACCAUUCUGUUUUGGAAACAAAAUGUAACAGUGAAGUGGAUGGACAGAAGGUUCUCAAACUGGAAAAUCAGAAUGAAUUCCCAAUGAGCUUUUCAUUUCAGUGACUCUUUCUUGGCCACGAUGCCAGGUGGGGAAUGUGGCAUCUCUGAGAUCCCACCGUGUCCUGGCCAUGCUUGUCUGAUGACCCAUCCUGCUGAUGAAAUCCACUAAACACGAGAUCUGCUGGGGAACACCUGUCCAUUGAGCUGGAAGACAGGUAGAACAAGACAACCCACGACUCUUGGCAGGGAUGCCAUGGGUCAGAUCCCGCCAGCAACCUUCCUUUGAAGAAGGCCAGCCUUCAGAUGGCUGACAGCCCAGGGCCAGCCUCAGACGGUCACUGUAGGAAAACUUUGCAGGUAGGAUUCCUCCUGCGCUGCAGCGCAGCCCACACAGGGAUGCCCCCAGGCUCGGAUGUGUCAGGUGACACAGAAUCCCAGAAGCAUUGAGGUUGGAAGGGACCUCUGGAAAUCCUCCUGCUAACGCAGGUUCCCUAUGGUAGGUUGCACAGGAAGGUGUCCAGGCGGGUCUUGCCAUCCCAGCUGCUCUGCACAGGAGCGUUCCCUCUGCUCGCCCCCGCUGUGACAAGAAGCCAUGCACGAUCCCUCUGUAACUCACCACGUGGAAGAAUAGUUGUGCUAGCUACCUCAGGUGUCCCACAGAGAGGCAGCCUGGUAGGUGAUAAAGCCAGGCCGGAGAGGUGCUGGUGGCCCCAGGAACCACGUGAGCCACCAGGUGCACUGCUGGGAAACACGAAGCACGUGUACAGAGAGAAGUAAGUCCUGGUGGCAUCGCCACGCAGGCCAAGCUGCUUGCACUCUUUGAGUUCUUUUUCUCCAUUUAAUUAAUUGUUUGAUGUGAUUACUUGAAAUUACAAAAUGUGUGCCCCUCUCUGGGCAGGGAGCGUGGGGAAGCAGUUACCUUUAGAUUUUUCAUUCCUGGCCACCUGCAAGGACUGAAGGGCUGCAAGGUGACAUCGCCUGGGUCACGUCCCGUCGCGUGCACCCGCGGUGCAUGGGACAACAGCCGCCUCCUCGCAGGGCUGCUGGUGUCUGAGGUGCUCCAGGUCAUUCUCACACUGUCCCACGCUUGUCCCCAGCAGGGUGGCACCGUGUGCUGUGAUGCCCCGUGAGGCACAGGGGGUUGCUACCUUACAGGCUGUAAGGUGGUGGCCCGGCAGCGAGCUCUACUGCAGCGUGGGCCAACGCUGGUUGUCCCUGCCCAGGUCACUGUCACAGUGGAUCCCAGUAACUGCAGGGCAUGAGUCGGCUGGUGCAACGGUAUCGCCACACACCUCUGAGCCUGGGGGCUGCGUGGAGGAGAUGCCCCCCCCCCCCGCCCCCUCCUGCCCAGCCCGGAGCAUUCAUUUUCAAGUUGUUGUGACUGGGACCAGUGUUUUGUAGGAAAUCUCAGACCCCUUUCUCAGGCUGUGGAAUCAGUAAAAUGUUUUUGUCUGUA